AGUUUCACAACCUGUGAAGAUAAGCACUUUUACCUUCUACAAGCAUGAAUCUACUCCUGAUAAAUUUUCUGCUCUUAUCCAUGUACGGAACAACGAGAGUUACCGCAGAAUUUACACAACGACCUAAGAACGGCAAUAGGUGGUUGUCUUGUAAUGACCGCUCAUGUAACAAAAAAUGUAUGACAACGGGAUACGUAGGUGGAAGAUUUGUACCCCGGCCAUAUCUUACCAUAGCGCCAUAUCUACUACCAUAUCGCCAUAUCUACAACCGUCCGCCCUGGGAGUGCAGUUGUCACAAGGAAAAAAAAUAUGGCGUUACACCUAAACCAAUAACACCAAUUCAACCAACCCCCGGGCCAUUCGGUUGUACGAAGCUCACAUGUAACAAAAAAUGUGUGGCUAAGAGAUACCCAUGUGGAAAGUGUAUACCCCUUUCCUUUAUUCCGGGAUGGAACUGCCGUUGUCAAAAAGAAGAAAAAUAUUGCGUUACACCUAAACCAAUAACACCAAUUCAACCAACCACAAUUGUAACAACCCCCGCUACAACAAUAAAAAUUCCAAUUCACUUUCAUGCCGGCCCUUGUUCAAAGGACCCAUGUAUCAAAAAAUGUGUGGCUGAGGGAUAUUUAUGUGGAAUAUGUUUCAAAAACACCUUCGUUCCGAAGCCGAAAUGCAUUUGCGUGAACAGUGAGUUCAAUUGCGCGCCUCUCUUAAAGUCGCAUUCACAUUGAUUGUUU